AUGAAGCCCCUCAGCGACUUCGGUCUCGGCCGGACGACCUUUUUCGAGGGCGGCGUCGGCCUCUUUCUCGCUACAGGGGCCGCUCUCUCGGCCACCGUCAUCGCCUGGGCGACGGGCGCGCGGCUCAACAGCGGCGACCGCGGCUACCAGGCCGUCUUCGAGUUCCCCCUCGCCUGCGGCAUCACCGUCGGCACGCCCGUCCGCAUCCGCGGCGUCCAGGUCGGCCAAGUCCUCUCCGUCAAACCGUCCCUCGAGCGCGUCGACGUGCUCGUCGAAGUCAACGACUCCCGCUCCGUCAUCCCCCGGAACGCCCUCAUCCAGGCCAACCAGUCCGGCCUCAUCGCCGAGCCCCUCGUCGACGUCACGCCGCAACUCCCAGUGCCGCCCUACACGGCGCUCCCGACGGACCCCGCGUGCGAGGACGAGGAGGCGCUGGUGUGCCACCGCGGCCGGAUACAGGGCGAGCCCGGCGUCGCGCUCGACGACCUCGUGUACAUCAUGACGAAGCUCGCGCGGCAGGCGGACGCGGACGGCAUGGACCGGAUGUAUGAUGCGGCUGAGUCGGCGACGGCCGCGAUCGAGGAGGCGCGGCCGCUGCUGCGGCGCGCGGUGGAGCUGUCGGACGAGGUCGUGCCGCUGCUGCAGGAGCUGCGGCAGGGCACGCUGCUGUCGUCGAUCGAGAGUUUGACGGCGACGGCGGCGAGCGCCGCCGCGGACAUCCACGCGCUGCAGCGCGACGUGCUGACGAAGGACAACGUCGGGAGCCUCAAGGAGAGCGUGCAGACGCUGACGAAGACGCUGCAGCACAUCGAGGGGAUCACCGGGGACAUGGCGGGGCUGACCGGCGACAGGGGGGUGCAGUCAAACUUGAAGCAGCUCAUCGAGGCGCUCUCGCGGCUGAUCAGCGACUGA